AUGCUUCGCCUUGAGCGAGGCGGUCCAUUGACGAUCACAAAGAGCGGUCACGAUUCCAGAGAGCAAGCCAUUGCUCAAGCACUACGGUGUUGCGACGAUCUGGAAGAGGGGAUGGAUCUACACGCUUACAUUCUCUCGAUAUCCGAUCACACGCCUAAUCGCUACCUCCAGAAUCACUUGAUCGAGAUGUAUGGGCGAGUGGAUUGCUUGGAGCUUGCGCGGGAGGUCUUCGAUGGGCUUCGCAAUCCAAAUCUCUUCUCGUGGAGCCUCAUCGUGUCGGCGUAUGCCACGAAUGGGCAUCUGGACGAGGCGAGGUACCUCUUUGAUCGGACGCCCGAGCACAACGUGGUGAUUUGGACGGCCAUGAUCACGGCAUAUUCCAAGCAAGGCAAGAUCCACGAGGCGAAGAAUCUCUUCGACGCUAUGCCCGAGAGGAAUCUAGAGUCCUGGAGCGCUCUGCUAACGGCAUAUACCCAAAACGCGCAUCUCAGCUCCGCGAGUUCUCUAUUUGCUAUAAUGCCAGAGUGGAAUGUAAUCUCGUGUACGGCAAUGAUAGGGGUCUUUACCGGGCUUCUUUCCGUACAGAGUGCGAAGGACUUGUUUAACUCUAUGAUAGAGAAAAAUAUUGUGACGUGGACUGCCAUGCUGUACGCAUUUGCCCAGGCGAGGCAUAUUGACCAAGCGAAGAAACUCUUUGAUGACAUGCCCGAGAGGAAUGACGUGGCAUGGACUGCCAUGCUGGCCGGAUAUGCCCAAGCCGGGCAAAUAGAAGAAGCCAGUGAGCUGUUUAAGCAACUCCCACGUGGCAACAUCGUGGCAUCAACGGUCAUGAUCUUGGCAUUUGCCCAAGCCGGGCAUAUGUGCGAGGCGAUUAGAGUCUUUACCGGGCUUCCAGAGCUCAAUGUGGUCUCUCUAAAUGCUAUGGUAACAGCAUAUUCUCUUAACGGGUUCUUAAAGGAGGCGAUGUGUGUGUUCGAUACCUUUCCCGAUAGAGAUUUUUUAAACUGGAACGCGCUACUUACAGCGUUUGCCGCGGCUGGGCAUUUGCGCGAGGCUAGGGUUUUGUUCGAGAGAAUGGCCAGGCCGGAUGCCGUGGCGUGGAAUGCGAUGAUCGCGGCCUACAUCCACAACGGCGAUCUCCGCCAGGCGUGGAAGGUCUUGGAUCGAGCGCCGGCGCCAGGGAUCUUGACGUGGAAUUCGAUGAUCACAGGGUUUGCACAUCGCGGCCAUGGCGCCGAGGCUGUGGCGCUCUUCCACGGCUUGUGCGCGCUAGGGUUCUUCCCCGACGAGGUCACAUUUUUGGGGAUUCUCAGCUCCUGCAGCCACACCGGAUCCGUGAAGAAAUGCCGGGAGAUCUUCGCGUGCUUCGCCGGGGAUUAUGGAUUGACGCCAUCCGCGCAGCACUACUCGUGCAUUCUCGAUGUUCUUGCUCGAUCGGGGCAGAUUGGAGAAGCGUCGGAGCUCGCCGGUAGCAUGCCAUUCCUGCCAGAUAGCAUCGCCUGGACGGCCGUGGUGACAAGAUUCCAUCGCUCGGGGCGGGAAUAUGCCGGCUUAGGGUUUUGA